AUGUUGAACCUAAUCCUUCUAGCUCAAUCUGCCAUCAUCGUCUGUGGCUUAUGUCUUGCCUAUGAGAAAUGGCGACGUAAAUCUCACAUAAGUCUUCCUCCUGGCCCAAAGCCACUCCCAAUUAUUGGAAACGUGCUGGAUCUCCCCCCAAAGGGACUUCCAGAAGCGAAACAUUGGGAGUCGCACCAUGAGAAAUACGGCCCCAUUACAUCCAUAACAGCCAUGGGGCAAACCAUCGUCGUUUUACACGACAGAAGCCUGGCAGUUGAAUUACUCGAUAAAGGAGGGGCCAAGAACUCCUCACGGCCAUGGCUAGAAUUUGGGUGGCGGAUGUGUGGCUUUGGCCAAUUUACCAUCGGACAACCAUAUGGAGAUACCUUGCGUCUUCAUCGAAAGUUGAUCCUCCAGCACAUCGGAUCAAAGCAAGCUGUCGCAUCAACACAAUCGCUUCUAGAGAGAGAAGUCGGCCGAACUCUGGUGCGGAUGCUGGAAUUCCCUGAGAAUCUAUUCAAAAAUAUAGAAAUUCAAGGCGCUGCUAUCAUCCUGAAACUCACCUAUGGAUACGAUAUCAAUACCAGUAUUGAUGACCCGCUGUUGUUUCUUGUUCGUCGUAUGUUGGAUCGACUCGGAGCAGCCGUCAUGCCAGGAGGUUGGUUUGUGGAUGCCUUCCCUAUUCUCAGACAUAUUCCAACCUGGUGUCCGGGCGCUGGCUUCAUGCAAACAGCAAUCCAAUGGAACCGAGAGGUCCUAGAAGCAGUCAAUAUUCCAUUUCAAUUCGUCAAACGUCAACUUGGAGACAAAUCAUGCCAGCCAUCUUACGUGUCCAAUCUUCUAUCAAAGACUGAGGAGGAGAAACUCGACCCUGGAUAUGAGAAUGAUAUCAAGUACUCAGCAGUGUCACUAUUUGCGGGUGGAGCCGACACAACAUACUCAACCUUGUUGUUUCUAUAUCUAGCUCUGGUAAAGUACCCCGAUGUUCUUGCCAAGGCCCACGAAGAAAUCGACAGGGUGAUAGGGCCAAAUCGGUUACCCACUUUCGCAGACCAAGAUCAAUUACCAUACAUUGAUGGCAUCAUAAAGGAAGCGUACCGAUGGCAGUCUGUCAUACCGCAAGGCCUUGCACAUUCAAGCGAUGAAGAUCAAGUCUUUCAAGGCUAUUUCAUACCAAAGGGAGCUGCUGUGAUUGCAAAUACCUUCGCCUUUACGCGGGACAGACGUGUUUACCACGAUCCGGAGGCAUUCCUACCAGAGCGAUAUAUGGCUCCAUGCAGUGAGCUUGAUCCCAAGGAAUAUGUGUUCGGGCUAGGACGUAGGAUCUGUCCUGCUCGCAUCUUCGCUGACCAAAGCCUCUUUCUAACGAUAGCCCAAACAAUCGCCGUUUUCAACAUUAACAAAGCUGUUGACAGCCAUGGGGUUGAGAUUGACCCAAUACUGGAGGUUCAACCUGGAAUUGUUGCCCAUCCGAAAGAAUAUCCUUAUCGGCUCACUCCGAGGAGCGAAGCUCAUGCGCUGCUGAUUAGGAGCAAUCUUCCAGCUGGGGUAAAAGACGGCCAAGACCAUCAACUUCUAAAGAACUAUGGCCUAGACCCAAAACAAUAG